GCUGGUAUGCGACCCGCCAAUAAAGCCACAGAAGAAGAAGACGCCAGUGCCGUAAACCGCCAGCGGCUGUCGUGAUUCGGCACAUGUGUAGCUGUCGCUGUUGUCACUCGGUGAGCUCGACUCAUGAGAGAUUAUGGGUUAUUAAUGGUGUAAAUGUAUAACUUAAACCGGAGCAGCUGGACAACAUCUGUCUGCACACAAACACGGGCUCCUGAGGCUUCGUCGGGACGGAGAGGUAACUUAAUAUGACAGAAAACCUGCAGCAGAAUCUCAUCACAGAGCCUGAAAGAGUGUCAGAUUCAUAGAUCAGUAGCUAAAAGAUGUGUAUCGAGCACUAGCAGUACUUACGCUCAGUCUGUGUUAGAUCUCGGAUGUCUAGCAGCUCGCAGCGUGUCGUUUAGUCCGGCUCGGCUCGGGUCUGGUUCUGGUUCUGGUUCUGGUUCUGGUUCUGGUUCUGGUUCAGUAUGUUUGUGCUGGUGGAGAUGGUGGACACGGUCCGGAUUCCGCCCUGGAGUUUCCAUCGGCAGCUGAACGAAGCGAUCGCCGAAGAACUCAACAAGAAACUCGCCAACAAGGUGGUGUAUAAUGUGGGCUUGUGUGUCUGUCUGUAUGACGUCACUAAACUGGAGGACUCCUACAUCUUUCCUGGAGACGGAGCGUCUCAUACUAAAGUUCAUUUUCGAUACGUGGUUUUCCACCCGUUCCUGGAUGAGAUUCUGGUUGGGAAGAUUAAAGGCUGCAGUGCUGAAGGUGUUCAUGGUGAGAGAUGCUUUUCUCUUCUCGUGUUCUUCAGUGGCGGGGGUUUUACGUUUGUUACUCAGAGUAGCGACGAGGCGGAGCAGCUGUGGGUGUGGGAGUACGAGACGGAUGAGGGCGCUCACGACCUCUUCAUGGACCGGGGUGAGGAGAUCCGCUUCCGGGUGGUGGACGAGGUCUUCAUCGACACCUCACCCACCGGCCCCAGCACAGAGAAGGAAUUCAGAGAGCAAACUGACCCAAAUCUUCUCAUCGCACCCGGUGCCCGUGUCCAUGGCGGAACCGGACCCGUCUCCGCGCUCGGCGCCGCUGUCGCUGUCAUUCCCGUUCCUGCGGGACGGUAG